CAGGAAGGGUCGCCAUUUAGAGAGACCUACUUCCUGCUGCAAACAAAUUACGAAAAUCAGCGUGUGUUUUCCAUUGAAUGCUAGGCAACAUAUCUACGUCCACUAUGGGCUACGUCUGGUUAGCCUUGGUAGCUGUAGUCUACCUCUCCAUCCGAAUUGACGCCUAUUCAGCAAGGCAGAGGUCAGCGAACGAACUGGUGGUCAAACAUACCAAUACAGACUCCCUUUGCGGGAAUCUAACCUUCGUCACACGGGCUGAGUGGAAGGCCAAGCCCCCUAAGAGACGCACUGUGAUGCUGAUACCCGUGGCCUACACCAUAAUACACCACACCGACACUGCACAAUGCCAUUCCUUCGAGGAGUGCUCCCAGGACAUGCGGAUUUUUCAGAAGUGGCACAUGGAAGACAGAGGUUGGGACGAUAUCGGAUACAAUUUCGUUGUUGGAGGCGACCAGAGAGUGUACAUAGGGCGUGACUGGGACACCGUUGGAACGCAUGCUGGGUCAUGGUACUACAACCACCAUUCGCAAGGCAUUGCUAUCAUCGGAAAUUACACCAGCCUGUUGCCAAGUCCGGGUGUACUCAAGGUGUUCCAUCAGCUGACGGAGUGCGGGGUCCAGUUGGGUUACCUCACCGACCGGUACGUGCUGCGUGGCCACCGGGACGUACGUCAACUUGGCCCCACGUCCUGCCCGGGAGAUACGCUGUACGCUGAGAUACGUCGGUGGCCUCACUACCUCGAACCAAAGGCGAACAAAUCGACCAAAUACUGAAGUCUUGCUCUUCUUAUCAGCAAAAAGGCCUGUUUUAGAAAACAGAGCAGCUUUUCAGAUGUGGUUAUGUCUUAAUCUCUGUUCGAAAAUAUUGAUUUUGAAUUAUGCAUGCAGGUUUAGCUUGCAAAGAAAGAACGUGAGAAUUGGUCUUUUUAUGGGCAUAUACAUCAUAUACAUGUGCUCUGUUCGUCAAAAGAGAUUUGUUUCGAAUCUAUGUGCAAGGGCGGAUCCGGGGGUAAAGGGGGCCAUACCCUUCUCCCAAUACGAAACAGAGCUAAAUAUUUUAAAUUUAAAGGUAUGAGAGAAAGGCAAUUUUUUCUCUAUUCUGUGUCUCUUUCUUCCCAAAGAUCUCUCUGGAUCUGCCUUUGUCGACGCGAACUUGCCAAAGGUCACUAAUACAAGUUUACCAUGUUGCCAUGUGAAGCAAACAACACUUACUGCAAGAUCUCUUUAUCUUGUCAAAACAGUCGGGGGGGGUUUCAUUCUGCCGUCAAGUUACACAGCUAUCGUUUUGUUUUGAUUUUUUUGGGGGGGGUGGGAUAGGAUCUGGAGAUUACUCCGUUGCUCUCGUGGAGAUUGAAAAAGUACGCAGUUGCUGAAUCAAGCAGAGAUUUGUUGAUAAUGUAUGUCAAGGGCACUUAAAGCUUAUACACCUAUGCAUUUUAAACUGAUCCUUCAUUAUAUCGUUAAUUCAAUUAAAAUAGAAAUCAAUUUUAUAGGUUUUAGUUUUCUCCACGUGACAUGUAAUAAAAUCUUCAUUUAUCUAAAGUAAAGAGAAUGCAUGCUUUAUCG